UUGCGUUGCUGAUGACAUUUUUAUGAAGUAAUAACUGUAACAGAAUACAUUUGUAAAGUAACCUUCCCAACCCUGCUAGUGGAUACCAUUAAGGACCAGUAAUGGUAGUGGUUUGGUUAGCUGAUGGUUUGUAAUGGUAUUUGUAGUGGAAAACAUUAGAAUUUCUGUGAUGGUUUCUAUUGGGGUUUUUUGUUUGUUUGUUUGUUUGUUUGUUUGUUAUUGUUUUUUGUUUUGUUUUUCAGCAGUGUAGAUGUAUUCAAGGUCGGUCAUUUUCUGUCUCAGCUGCCCAAAGUCAGUAAGACUUGAACAGUACAUCUAUUCUAUAGCGAGUAUGGCACAAGGAUCUUAAGAUUCAGAAAAAUGUGCUUAAGCAGUGCUUUGCAUUUUUGUCCAUUUAAGAGUGCACAUUGCCGUGAGCAUGGCACGGAGAUAUGUUCGGCCAGAUUAGAUCGCAUCUACUCCUUUAGCAUGAUAUUUGUUUAUUGAUUUAAAGAGCCAUGACGCCAAAUAAUGACUGGAAAUAUCUUCACUAUUAAACGAGCGGUCUAACCGAAAAACAGAAGUCAAGUGCGCGCUGCUUAGUGGAAGUAAACAACUGACCUGUUCUUAUGUCGCCCCCUGUAGGAAGAAAGCUGACAUGACCGAAGGCUGCAUGAGCGUGGACCUCUGUGUUGCCAGAUCAUCUUCCAGACGCUUGAAUGUAUUUUUUAAUGCUUUUGAAUCAGUCUUAAGAACACCGAAAUGAAAAACACAGUUUUUAUUGACGGAGCAAACUGCGCUCAGUUCAGCCUGAUUAGUGUUGCCAGAUUGAUCAUUUUACCUUCCACUUAAGCUAUAUUAUUUAGUUUGGGGUUUAUAUUAAAUAUGGGGAGAACCUAAUGAACAGGAGAGAACGAUAUAAUUUGGGUAGUCUAUACUGUGAGUACCAAAAGGCUACUUCUCUCUGUGUGUGUAUGAAGUCUGCGUUUAAAGAGUUUAGAACACAGGACUGGGAAAUUGCUGUCGCGAGAAGAUGUAAUAUUUUAUAGACUAUAUCAUCUGUUUGUAUAUGCAUGUGUGAGAUAAGCAUGUGGGGGGAGGAUUGGAAUAGUAAACACAAUACAACAUGGCAACCCAGACCCCACUCUGUCUCUGUGUGUGUGUGUGUGUGUGUAUAUGUGUGUGUGUGUGUGUGUGUGUAUGUGUGUGUGUGUGUGUGUCAGCGCAGAGGAGCGGAUCAGGAUGGCGGAGUGAGGGGUGAGAGGAUGAGACUGCCCAGCUCCGUCCUGGUGUCGGUGUCUCUGUUUACGGCCGAAACCACGGCAGCGCUGUACCUGAGCUCCACGUACCGCUCGGCAGGAGAUCGGAUCUGGCAGGGCUUCACGCUGCUCUUCACGCUGGUGCCGUGCGUGCUGGUGCAGCUCACCCUAAUCUUCAUCCACCGAGACCUGAGCAGAGACAGGCCGCUCAUCCUUCUGCUGCAUCUUCUUCAGCUUGGACCUGUCAUCAGGUGUUUGGAUGCCUUUUGUAUCUAUGGAAGCUCGGGAAAGAUGGAGGAGCCGUAUGUCACCAUCACUAGGAAGAAACAAAUGCCUCAGUGUGGCCGGGCUGAGGAGGUGGAACAUGAAGUCGGGCAGGCCGAGGGCAAGUUGGUCGCUCACCGAGCAGCCUUCGCACGGACCUCCGUCAUUCAGGCCUUUCUGGGCUCCGCCCCUCAGCUCACACUGCAGCUCUACAUCUGCGUGCUGCAGAGAGAUGUUUCCAUUGGGAGAGGCACCCUGAUGGUCAUCUCUCUGCUCUCUAUCGUGUACGGUGCGCUUCGCUGCAACAUCCUGGCCAUCAAGAUCCGUUACGACGACUACGCAGUGUCAGUGCAUCCUGCGGCGUACGUGUGCGUGCUGCUGUGGCGUAGCUUCGAGAUCGCAACACGUGUCGCUGUGCUUGUGCUUUUCGGCUCCGUGCUGAAGGCCUGGCUGCUGCCGGUAGUCCUGCUCAGCUUCUUCGCCUUCUUCCUGCAGCCAUGGGUGGAAUUCUGGCGCAGCGGCUCACCGUUCCCCGAGAGCAUCGAGAAGACACUGACACGCGUGGGCACGGCCACCGCGCUCGCCAUGCUCACUUUUCUGUACGCCGGCAUCAACGUUUUCUGCUGGUCGGCCGUGCAGCUCAAGCUUGACGACCCUGAUCUGAUUGACAAAAAUUACGGCUGGAGGCGAGCAACCGCUUACUAUUGUAUACGCUUCGUCGAGAACAUAGCACUCACAUCUCUCUGGUUCACCCAUCGCACCGAAUUUUAUCGACAAGUAGACGCACCAGUGCUGGAGCUGCUGCUGCUGCUUAGCUACGCCCUUGCUGUGUUCUUCAUGCUCCUCUUCUACCAGUGCUGCCACCCCUGCAGGCACCUGUUCUCCUCCAGCCCAGUGCAAGGACUAUGGGAGUGCUGUGGCUCACUAAGGAUGCCGUCUGUGUCAUGUUCCCAACCUGGAUGCACACAGAGAAAAGAGUCAUUCGAGAACCCCGAGCAAGCCGUGGACCAUGAACCAAUUUCCACCACUAACGGAGACAUCAACCAGUGUCUGUGCUGAGUCCCUAGUGAAGCGCUAAAGAGCCACAGU